AUGACGCCUUCAAUGCCGCGCGGGCGUCUUCCGGACCUCGGCCCUUCGACCUCCCGCUCGUCUUCGCAGUCGUCGGGAUGGUUUGAUGCCUUAACAGGUGAAGUCAUUGACCAGUUGCAAGAGCUAGAAGAGCCAGAGCCUGGACGGGUAGCUAACACCCCUGCAGCCGGACCUGUAGUUGUCACUGCUGUCGCUCCUGUGACGGUGGUACCGUGGACCUUCCAAAAGGCGGAUCUGCGCUACCCGCCUCCCCCUCCUCCGAACCCUCCUGUCUUCACGGACAAGAUGGACAACGCAAAGGUGAGCAUUGAACACAGGAACGGCACGUGUGAUCCUUGUGUCUUGUUCAACUCGUCGAGGGGCUGCGCCAAAGGCAAUGCUUGCCGGUUCUGCCAUCUAGGCAACCAUGCCACCGGUGAGAGGACAAAAGCCAUCCAACGACCGAGGAAGCAGGCUCGCGACAAGUACAAGUCUGUGGUACAGAAGCUCCUUGCACAGAUGGAGUUGAAUCCUCAGGCAGACCAGGCCCACGAAGAGCUCCAGACCGAAGCCCGCAAGAGCCCCUAUGUCUGGAAGCUCCUCCAAGGCUACUUGGAUGGGAUCGACAGCAUCGACAACAUCGACCUCGACCCGCCUCCAUUCGGCAUGAUGCCCUACCAGCACAUGCCAGUCCAAGCAGUCUCAACACCCUUUCCUGCACCGAUGCACCAGUCGUUUGUGCAUCCUUUGGGGCCACCGCCUCAUUUGGCGAUUCCAAGGCCCCUCUACUCGAGGUGA